UGGAAAAGCAGCUGGUGACUCACCUCCUCAGCUACGAGGCGGAGCUAUGAGUUCGAAGCUGAACAGCAAAGCAAACUCAAAGGAGCUGUGUACCAUUUGUUCUGCACACAGAGGGAACUACUUCCAGACCUGGAACUUACUCUCACAGAACUGGACCUAAAGCCUGAAUAACUCUGGAAACCAGAAACUCACAAUAGGACUGAAAGAAGAAUUUAAAACCUAAAAGAGGAUUACAACUGAAGACACUGAAGAAACUUGUUUGGCAGGAUUUCUUUGUUGUUGUUUGUAGGUGUAGACUUUGUGUGUGAAGUGGUUUCUAUAUUAGAUUAGGACAAGCAUCUCACUGUUAAAAUGUCUAACUCUACUUUCCAACUUAUUGAGGACUGUGAAGCCACAAACAAGACACUGUAUAAGUUCUAUGCAGCUGUCAUGAUUGUGAUUUUCAUCUUGGCUUUGCCUCUGAAUGCAUCUGUCCUCCACCUCUUCAUAUUCAAGCUGAAAUUCUGGAAAUCCAACACCAAUAACAUCUUCCUGUUCAACCUGGUGCUGGCAGACAUCCUCCUGCUCUUCUGUUUGCCCAUUAAGGCACACAACUUCAUCAAUGGAGAGAGGAGGAGUGAGGACAACACCGUUUGCAAAGCUAUGCUCUUCAUGUUGUUUUUAAACCGAGGUGCCAGCAUUGCCUUCCUCACGGUGACUUCCAUUGAUCGAUAUUUCAACGUGGUACACCCUGGUCGAAAGAAUCUCCUAAGGGUUCUAAAGAAAUCUCCUCAGAUCUCUAUCGUCAUCUGGCUGCUUCUUCUGCCCCUCACCAUUCCCACCAUGCUCAAGAACUUCGAUUGCUGCAACAGCCACAAGACGACCAAAGACGAUACCUUGGUUAAGGAUGUGGUGGACAGUUUGCGAGAAGCGGUCUUCUUUACCCAGAUCAUCAUCCCCUUCGUCAUCCUGGUCUACUGCACAGUGUGCAUCGUCAACCGGCUCAGGAAGAAAACAGUUGGGGAUACGACCAAGCUGAGGAGGGCGGUCUUUCUGGUGACCUCCGUCAUGGUGGUGUUCUCCUUCUGCUUCCUCCCCUGCGCCAUAGCCAGGAUGAUUCUGCUGAUCACCCGGGUACAAGAGGCGAAUGAGUUCUACCAGGAUAAAGCAGCUGUGGCCUUCGACGGUCUCAUGGUCCUCUCCUACGUGGACUGUCUCCUGGAUCCGCUGAUCUACUGCUUCUGUAGCACCAAGUUCAAAGCUCUUUAUCUCUCCACCUACUUCCCAUUCAUACUGAAAAACCAACAAGUGCCAUUAGACAGCUCAACCGACAACAAAUCGCAUCCCACACGCAAUAAUGUCAUUUGAAAUUCAUGGAAAACAGAUGCUGGAUGGCUACUGAUGGCUACAGUGUGCUGACACAGCAGAGACUGACAGUGUGUCCCAUAAAUGUACCUUCUUUAGGGAAAAGGACUGUAAAGGCAAAGUGCACCAUGAAGACAAGACGUGCUGUAAUUAUUUAAGUUUCUAUUUUCUAUUGAUUGUUAAAUAGAAAUAUAUAGAGAGGUACCUGUGUAAAUAGGAGGGAUAGUUAUGGUUUUAUAAGAGCUUUUUUAAAGGGAAUGCCCCUCAGCUAAAGUAUGCACAUCUGCUUUUAUAUUUUUCUUGGACAGCAAGAUGAGUUGUGGCCAUGAAAAAUUUCUUUCAAGUGUCAGAAGCCAAAAAAGAACAAGAAUCUUAUCUGUCUAAUCAGACCAAUCUCACACAGCCUUUAUGUAAGCUUUCAAAGUCAAACAGGCAUUAGUGUCUAAUAUAACCAUGUCAAUCGAAAGUGUUUAAAUCUUGUCAAAUACAUUCUCUAUGAAGCUGUAGAUGGGGGUAGACAUGUGAUUCAAUUAUAGACAGUAUUCACUAACAUGGUUUCAGCAGGGGUGUGCAUGUAACUGACCCCAAAAUAGAUGCAUAUUAGGCCACAGUCAGUCCCCUGUUACAUAAGACUUAAUCCUAAAGGCCCAUACAGGAAGCUGAUGAUUUAAUGCUGAUUUAUUAUUAAACUGUAUAACUGUUCAUCCAGUAUGUGGAGAGGCAAUGGUGUGAUUCAACUGUACAUAGUUUCAGUCCAGGGUACUUUUUUUCUGAGUAAAUUUUUGAUAAUAUUACAGAAAACUGAUGUGAUGCAUCGCAAAAAUGUCACAUCCUGACAAAAAGUCCCUUACAAUAUAAAUCAUGAAUCAUGCCAUAGCAGAAACAGACAAAACUAUACUUGACCCAGACCUUCACAAAAACCUCAUCGUACCUGUACUGUGUGAAUCACCUGGAUGGUCUCACUCACCAUGAUGAUAUCAUUAGUACUAAUACAGCCAGUUAGGGUAUGCCUGUUGUUCACUGUCUGGCUAUAAAUACAUGGCUUACUCACUUAAUUAUUGAACCAGGUGGAGUCUGUUCAGUCUCUGUUUAAUUUGAUGUUAAAAAUGCAUCAUCGUGUAUCACAGAAUAUGUCAUUUUUUUUGCAUUUGUCACAGCAGAAAUGGGGAAACAUUGCAACAACACAAUGAAACAUUUGUUAUGUGAAGAAUUACGCCCAACUGUCUGGUCCAUGGUUGAAUUUUACAUGUUGAAGUUUAUAAAAAACAAUAAUGUAAUGUAAUUAAAAUCUGCUCUACAGCUUUGUAGUACGAUAAUUUAUUAAUGUUAAAACAAGACUGACGUGUACUUACCUCAGAGUCACACAUAAAGAGGGUUAUUGUGUUCAUAGUGUACGAAUAUUUACCAAGUAAACAGGAACACGAGUCUUUGUUUUAACAUCCUGCAGUUGUGUUUUUUUGUACUGUGUCAGUUAGGUGUGUAGAUUUGACCUGAGCGGAGCAGCAUGUUAACAUUUUUUGUAUCCAAGUAUAACGUUUACGUCUGUAAAUGUACCAAUCAGCGCAAUUACAAGUAGGUUUAUAUGAAUUAUGGGUGCAAACGUCUUCUGAAUUCUUAACCAUUAGUUAUACAUUGACAUUUACAUAAUGGGACUUCCUGUAACUGUGAUCUGAACAUAUUUCUUUGUUUUUUACUUUGUUAUAAUAAGCGUCCCAAUAAAUGCUUCAAUAGAUAUCAGACCCUCAACACAUGAUAAUGUGAAAAGUGUGUAUAAGGUUGUCAUGAUAUUGUUGUUUUAUUGUUAACAUAAAUGUAUACUUGACCAGGGAUCACAUCUAGAGAAUCUGUUUUACUGGUGGCAUUCAAUAUUGGCUUCGUGUUUUUACUACUUCUGCAAUGUGUGAAUGUGUAAAUAUAUUUUUUAUCUUUGA